UUUUAUCUCAGAGACCAAGACGAGUUCACAUAUUUUUAUUUUGCUCUUUUAUCAGUAGCAGCUAACUCCAGUAGGAGGGAAGUGUCUGGGGCUUGAAGUAGCCUUUAAAUCCAAACCACGCUGCUAAGUCUAAAAUGCAGUGAGAUUGGUUUGGGAUGUUUUGCUGGGAAAAGGGGUGUAAAAAAGUGUAACUCUGACCAUUUCCUGAGGCUGGCAGGUAAGAUGGCACCUUAUCCCAAAAGAAUGGACCUGUGCUGCUGGGUUUUUUUUUUUUUUUUCCCCAAAAGAAAAUCCUAGAAAGGAAAACUUACUUGCAGUCCUUGCUGUGGGUUGCAGCUGUCAUUUACUGAGCAGAAUUGGCUUCAGCUGGAGUCAAACCAGGAGGUUUCUGAGGUAACCUCCCAGCAUGCCAAAUUCCUGACAUCAAUCAGAGGUGCCUAUCCACCUUAUCCAGGUAAGGCUUAGGAUUUGGUGUUAACUGAAAUCGAGUCACCGAGGCAGCAGCAAAUGGAAAUUCAAGAGCACCAAAAGGAUUCAAAUCCUCAGAGCAGGUCACAGGGAAAAAAAAUAAAUCAAUGAGUACCUAAAGUCCUUGUGUGGAUGUGGAUGGUGAUGUAAAAGGGAAGAGUCAGAAGGUACAGGGAGAGUUCAGCCCUUCCACAGCCAUCAUCCUUCUGGAGAGGUGACACUGCACUUAAUCCUCUGCUGUCACCUUCACAGCCAGUUCUUCUCCUCUGCAGGAGGUGUUUCCUCUGGGCAAAUCCAGCAUGGGGCUGUGCUGGAGUGCUCAGGAUCCAACCCUACAGGAGCUCAGCUCUUCUGCCCUUGGGCCAGGCAGGCUGCUCUGCCCAAUUUCCAGCGAGGCACAAUCCAGUAUUCCGCAUCCCAGGAGCUUGGGUGGGGGGUUGAAAUGCUGUUUGUUGUGACAGGCUCAUGAUGUGCCCAGGCUGUGGGCUGUCUGUGUCUCACAGAGGGCACUGGCACUUCCUGUGCUAAAAGAGAUGGAAAUCAAACAAUCCUGUGGCUCUUGCUGGUGCAAAGAACCCUUGUGAUGUGCUCUGUGCGCUGGGAUUGGUUUGGUUUUUCCUGGUUUUCACCUGGCAGUGAUGGCAGGAUCCUCUGUGCCCCCCAUUUUUUGGGGGGGGGACAUAAACUGGAAAAAAGCUGUGGCUAGUCCAGAUAUUUCCUGGGGUCCCUGUCCAGUUUCCAGUGAUGGAACUGCUACUUGGAGACUGGAUCCUUGGAGGACUUGAGUAAUUUCCUACUGGAAGCUUUUAAAACAGGGACUUGCUUCCAAGGUAAGGCAGCUGAAAUCUUAUUGCUUGCCAGGCUCCUCAAUAAAGUGGUGGCAUAAGUGUGCCUGGGUGUGGAAAUCUUACUUUAACCUGAUCUCAGGGAGCAGUUGGCUGAGGUUUUAGUUAAGAUUUAAAACAGCCUCUGACACAUCAAACAAAAAAAUGUACAUUUAGAAGCUUAAAGGUAGACUGAGCACAAAGUAAAAAAAAUAUAUAAUGACAAGGAAUAGGUAACAGCCUUGGCUCUCAUGAAGUAGGGUGGAAAUUAUAUAUAAAUAUACAUAUAUAUAUAUAAAAAUACAGAGCCAUAACCAAGUUUCUGUGAAUCCCUCACCUGCCAUUUGCAUCUCCUGAUUUAUAUUUACGAUUUGGCUUUGGGGUGAAAUGUUUUCUAUUCCCAGCUCCAGUGGAUGAGUAAUCUGCAGCUGAGUCUGGUGUUUAUUACAUCCAUCCUGCUGAUAGCCUUGCUCUCCAUCAUUUGAAGUUUGAGAUCUUUUUAAAAGAAAUACCCACAAACUAUUUUCUUUGGCCCCAGCUCAGACUAUGCAGAUGAAUGGCUCUGAGGGGAGGAUAAGCAGUUUAGGCUCAUGGAGAGGAGAUGGGUGUGCAGCUCUGAGAUUGGCACAACUCCCUGGGAUUGCCCAUUUCAAAAUGAGAAAUUUGCUUCUCAAGGAGCACUUGUUUUUCCCUAUGAAAGUAAAUGUCAGUAAGAAAAAAAAUUAUUGGAAUGCAACUGGCUGUUUUUGGGGUGUGUUUUCUUCCACAGCUCCUUUCUCCCAGCUGAAAACCUGCUGGGAUAUCUGGCUUAUUUGGAGAUGAACCACUCUGAGGUAUGCCAUAUAAAAUAUCAUGGAAAUACUGAUGGAUGAAGAAGUUAAACACUUGAAGAGUAAGUUCUAUUACCUUAAUUCACAAAUAUCCCCAGAGUCCCCAGCUCAUGACCCACACCAACACCUCCUGCACCACUCCCUGUGGAACUGGGAAUGGGGGGUUUGGGGUGGCUGCAGCUCCCCCUUGCUCUGCAGGAGAAGCCAAGAUGAGCCCAGAUUGCCAGGGGCUGUUCAUGGGGUCCCUGUGGAACAGCAUUUCAGUUUCCAGUCAGUGGUUCCCUUCCUGGUGCCCCGAGGCAGAGGAAGAUCCAUGAAUUUCUCUCUCCUUUAUUUCUCAGACGCUCACAGACCCAUGUCCUGUUCUUUUUGCCUUCCUUCAGGGGCUGUGUUUUGCCCCUGGGACUUUCUCACCUUUCAGCAGACCAGGAUAAUUUUCCAAGGUCCCUGGGAAAACCUCUGCUGUUGUGCCAUUGCUGAGCUCAGGACAAGGGAAGAACAAAUUUUUUAGCACUCAACCACGUUGAAUGUUCUUCAUGUACAGCUACAUGCCCUGCUGUUCUUCCCACCUCUGAAGUUUCCAUAUUUUUGUUUCAGCCUCAGAGGAUCCUCUGAGGGUAUUUCACACAUAAAAAUGAAGACAUCAAGAGGACAAGCCCAGCGGGUUGUGCACAGGGGUGAAGCAGUGGUGGCACCACUUCACAAUGGCUUGGAACUGCCACUCUAACGAUGGAAAACUGAAUUUCUCUGCCCAGAGGUACAAGAUGGUCCUGGUCAGGCUGUGAGGUGUAUUUGUCUAUUGGGGCUGUGUCUGGGAUUCCAGAGCCUCCUGGUUUUGGGAACCCAGUGUGGGUUGGGGCAUUUUUCACUCAGGGAGCCUCCCAGUUUAUUCCUUUGCAGAUUUUCUCUGGUGUGUGAAAUGAAGGAGGGAGGCCUUGCUCUUAUCAAGUUACCACGUGGAAGCAAAUUACUGUUAUUUAUUAUCUUAUAACAAUUAUGAAUUGCAUAAUUUUUUUUUCCUUUUCUUAGAUGAUUUAUGUUUCUGCCCUCAGGCCCCUGUGGAAACACCAGGCACUGGCUUAAUUUCUCCUUCCAGCCAAUCCUCCUCCCCCUAAGCUUCAGGAUAAUAGAAAUCCAUGGAGCUUUUCCAUUUCCUGUCAUCUGCAGCGUUGGUGCAGCCACUUCCCUACGCCUGCCACAGCCACAAUUUCAUUAGUGCAGCUGGGAUGACACUCAGCUCCAGUUUUGCCUCAAAGCUGUUUGCAACUUCUUGUUCACCAAGCUACGGACAAAAACUAUUCCAGGGAUCAUUGCUGAAGAGAUCAGCAGCUGCUGCCUCACAACACAGUGUGAGAAGCAGAGAGAAAACACAAAGUAUGUAUCUGAAAUCACCAUUGUUCCUCCUGCUUUCAGCGUGAUAAGGGACAGCCCUGUCAUGGCAUGAGCAGGAACUUCUGCCUCAGGUCAUCAGAGACUCCUGAAAAGCCAAACUCCAGCAGGUAAGGAAGGAAAGGCUCCUCUGGGGACAGCACAGGGGCAGCUGGGCAUGGGGACUGGGAAUGUGGUGGGAGGCAAAAGCCACCUUCCCCUGGCCACAGUGUCUCCCUUAAGCAAAUCCUCUGGGAAGCAAAAGAUUAUGGAAGAAAAUUAGUGGGUAAUAAUGAUAACAAUAAUAAUAGUAAUGUGGGGAAGAGCAGCAAAGGGAGCAGCAGGAAUUCUGGUUUUUAAUGGGGUGAGACAGCAUCUCCUGGGAUUUAUAAAGCCCAGCUCCAGGUCUGGGACUAAAGGAGCAGUGUGAACUCGUGUUGUCAAAUAUCUGUGCUUGCAUUCUGCCAGAGUUCCCCAUCUCGAGGCCAGGCUGGGGUGCAAGUGCUCCAGUGCUGCUUCCUUGAUGGAUCAGGAAAAUGGGCAUUAAAGCACUUCUCACAAGGCUGACUCUGAGCUCCGGCUGGGGAAAGCCUUUGGAACACCAGCCAUCCCAAUAAGAUCACUUCCAAUGAUUUUGAAAGCCUGUAGAGUAAAAACUGAUCAAGACAAAUAAGCCUUUCUCUGUAAGGGCAGCCCCACAGAAUGCACAGCUCUUCCUACACUUGUUCAAACCUACAAGCAGCCGGUUUUUGGUGAGGGAUUCCAGAUUUUUGUCUCCCUGCCUGGCUGUGCAGGCAUUUAAUAAGAAUGUAAAAUACAGACCCAUUGAAACACUGCACUGCUGCUGGUUUCUGAACAGGCACAAGAGACCAGAAUGUGAUGAUGGGUUUUCACUGCUCUGCUUGUUCCAAACCUGAGGCACAGCAGAAUAAAUACUUUAUUUUUUACUGCCCUUGCUUCCUGAAAAUAAAGCACUUGCAGAGGCUUUGCUGAGCUUUCAUACAAGCUCAUCAGGACUCAGAUAACUUGUGCCUAAAUUUAAAUUCCAUUUUUAUUAAGCAAUUUGAAGCAUCCUAAAAGCACCUGCGCUCAUACUUUAAUUUCAUGCCUGCUGCCACCAAUUAAUUUUGCCCCCUGCUUCUUUAGGCAUCCUCGUCUGGGAGACAAAAUGUGUGUGGAAAAAGGUUUGGAAUGCUGCCUCCAAGUCAAGUUAGCUGCCUGGAAGUGAACCCAGCUCUCUUGGAGCUCAGCAGGCUUGCUUGUGAGCAGAGAAUGAAACCAUCCAACUGCACAGAAAACCAUCUCGUGUUCAUGAAAUGGGGCUGGAUUUGGAUACGUGCAGGCAUAAAGCCUGUGCCAGUUGAGAAUGCUUUAAUCCCUGUUUUUCAGUGCUGGAGUCAGUGACUUUUCAGUGAUUGCUGCUGCCAGGGUGCACGUGAGCUUUAUGCUUAUUUCAGCACACAGUGCACCCAAAGCAGAUAACAAUGCUAAUAUAAUAAUAAUAAUAAUAAUAAUAAUAUCAUAUUCCUUCAGCUCAAUUGCAGGCAGACUAAAAUGACCUCUCUACAAAUAUCUUUCAGGGCACGAGGAGGAGGAGGAUGGACUCAAACUCUUCGUGGGCUUGGCCUCACUUGGAUUUGCUGAACCACAACGGGACGUACAAGUCCCUGUACUUGGAAGGAAACGUGGGCUUCUACCUCCACCAGCCUUGGGUGGCUGCUGUCUUCAUCACCUCCUACCUCCUCAUCUUCCUCCUCUGCACGGUGGGCAGCGGGGGCGUUUGUUUCAUCGUCCUGUGGAGCAAGCACAGGCGCACGGUCACCAACCUGCUCAUCCUCAACCGUGACUUGCUGGUGGGGCUCUUCUGCGUGCCCACCACCAUCAUUGCAGAGGAAUCUGCUCCAGCACGGGUGUCUCUUCAAGAUGGUGGAACUGGGCUGCAAUUCCUGGCCUGCCUGGAAUUGCAGGUUGGUUCCUCAGCCACGGAGCUGGAUAGCAGAGGAGUUAGGCAGCAACUCAGAGGGAGGAUGAAGAACAGGAAAUUUAAAAUGUGUGUUCAUCCCAGCCUGGGCAAGGAAGCAUUCCUUACACGGCUUCUCCGCUGCCCGUGCCGCGGGUUCCGGUGCAUCGUGCAUCCCUUCAAGCACAAUGGCUUCUUCCACCUGGCUUCCAUCCUUCCCAUCUGGCUGCUGGCCGUGGCCACCACGUGUCCCUCGGCCGUGCUGCCGCGGGUGCGGGAGGAGAAGCGUUUCUUCUGGCGCUGGGAGGAGCGGCCGGAGCCGGCCAUGAGGAGGAUCUACACCACGGUUCUCUUUGCCAACAUCUACCUGUCCCUCUCCCUGUCCUCCAUCUAUCCCUUGGUCACCUUCUUCCACAGCAGCGCCGACCCCCUCAUCCACGGCUUCUGCAAGGAGAAAUUCCUCCGUGGUUUCCGGGCCGCGCUCGGGCUCCGGCUCUGCUCCAGGCCGGCCUGCUCCCAGCCAUUCCCAGGCAAUGCCGUCCUGCCAGCUGUGCCAGGAUCCCGCUCCCCAGGCGGCAGAGAGAGGGAACUGGGUGAAUAACCAGCAGGAUCUGCUCGUGGAGGAGGGCAGAGGCAGUGGGAUGGAGCGAAAGUGACUCCGCGGAUCUCUCUGAGCAGCUGGAAAAGUGUUGCUUGAAUCCUAUUUACGGUGACAUUUCAUUCCUGUGAGGAAUCCCUUAUCCUGGAACUCUCAUGGACUGAAACGCUGCAGACACGGGAUGCAACCCAUCCCUGGAAGAAAAUCCCUGGCUUUUCUUGUGGUCGUGCUUCUUACCACCAGGACCUGCUCAAAUGACAAAAUUAAACCUUUUCCGUCGCGUUCCAUUUAUUCCCCUUUGUUGCUGCUGUUUCUGCCACAUCCAUUAUUAUUGCAGCUAGGGAAACAAAUGGAAUAUCUGAGAAAUAAAGGAUAAAAAAAUGG